GGGGGCAUUUCUGCCCGCCUUUCCUCUUCCCAGGACUCUGGCACAGAUUGGAUCGAUGCACUGCUGCACUGGUUUCAUCCUUCAUACCUCUGAGCUGGCUUGUCUACCUUCCUCUUACCUUCGAGCUGGCCUUUCCUCCUCCUUUCUCCCCCUCCACUGCUGUAAGUGGAUCAGCCAGACCUCCACCAGAGUGACACAGACAUGGGCUGUCGGCUCUCUGGACAGGGACAGUGGGCUGACAAUGGGAAUGGGGUCAAAGGGCGUGACCUGUCCCAUCUCAGCCACCGAGAGAAGUUGCAGUUCCGGGGGGACGGCUAUGAGCAGCCAAUCACUAUGCAGAUUGAGGGGAGACACCGGCGAGGGAGAAGGCGUCAUCACUCCCAGUACCCAGUGUCUGACUGUGGCACCCAGACGGAGCAGCAAUCCUGGGAGGCUCUGAGGGCCCUAGGGGAGGGGGAGGGGGCCGGGCCUGGCCUCUGUGCCUACGCUUCUGGACCUUACUAUGAUCCCAUGACCCUUCCACCAGAACUCUAUGCAGCCAAUGGAUACCUCCCCAGUGUUGCCUACAAUCUGGAGGACAUUAACAGGAUAGAGUAUGAUGAUGAUCCAGAGAUGAUGACUAACCAGCCCAAUAACAGGAACUGUCUGAUUGGAUGCUGUAACACUGAUAAUGAUGAGCCUAGCAGCUUCCUGAGCCAGAGUGAAUAUGAGGGCCACUGGCUGGACAGGCCUCUGAAUUACCUGCCUCUCCACGAGCUUGACAGCGGCCUGGGCUGCACCGACGGCAGCCUCCACCAGGGGGACCUGUCUGACCCAGAGACAGAGGAGGGGGUAGAGGCCCCUAUGUCCUCUCCUCCAGGAAACACCAGCCGGGGAAGCUCUCCCUCCUCUGAGUCCCUCCUUUCGUCAGAGCUCAGUGACUCUGGCUUCCACAGCGUCAGCACAGGGGAGUUCCGCCACUUCCAGAAGAUUAUAGAUGGGAGGAUCCACAACUACCGGAGUCGCGUCGUGCCCCGGGAACAGAGAUCAAAGUCUCGCUGGGACCUGGAGUCCAUCCCUGAGACCCUGACCUGUGACCCCCAGGCUGGCAGAGCCGCAGACGGAGUUCACACAGCCAUGACCCACCAGUGCACCAUGGGUAGUAGCUCCAUUCAGUUCCGCAAAGCCAGGAGCCCCCAGCUGAGCAGGCAUGGCACCGGGUUUGCUCCUAGGGUUGCUGCCUCCAGCUGCCGUACAGAACCCUGCCAGAGGAGAGCAUUGAUGCUGAACCAGCACUCUUCUGAGGACCUUCCCAGCCGCAGCCACACUGUGCAUGACUUAUCAGACAGGAGACGGGCCAGCCACCCAGCCCUGCCCGCUGGGAACACUGCCACAGGGAAAUACAGACACGUAAACCGACAACCGCCCAGCAGCCCAAACCACCUAGCCGUGCCCACUGAGAACUCUGGCACAGGACAAUACAACAGGGGGUUCAACACAGACAUCAGUGAGAAGAGGAGAUGUCCACUGAGUGACCAUGUGGAAGGCACCUGGCAAGGAUGUGUGGAUAACCACAGAAGCAGUAUGGCCAGUGAGGAAUAUAACAGUGAGAAACAGGGUCUUUCCAAGAGUCCCUCAAAGAAACAGCGUGGGAAGGAGCCAGCAGACUGGCGUCAGUUUGCGACACUGGGACAUCCUCACAUUGGUGGGGACUGGCCCCAAGCAGACUGUCCCUGCGGUCCCCUCUAUAGCACGCUGGAUGGGCCCUCUGCCCGCUCCAGGAGGGGUCUUUCUGGGAAUCCCCGGGCGGUGAGGAACCAGCUCCUGAAGGCACGGGCCUCCCGGCUGGCUGACGAGCGGAGUGAGGUCACCACGGAUGAGGAUGCCCACGGGGAGGCCCUGGCAGGCCGCUACUGGAACAGGACGGAGCGCCGGCGCCACCUGGCGUGGGCCCGGGAGCAGAGGCAGAGGAAGCUGAACCGUGGGGCUGAGGGGGCAGGGGAGAAUGGGGCUGGAGGUACCGGGGUUGCUGGGGGCCUUGGGGGUGCAGGGGGUCCUGUAGGAGGCUGCAGCACAGUGCUGGAGCUCAGCCACAGGAAGCAGAGCCGUCUGAGGAACCAUAAACUGCUGGAUGACUGGACCACCGUGGAGGAGCUGCUGACCCAUGGGACAAGGGUGGGGCAGGGGGACAACAUUCUCGGUCACAGUCCUCUAUUGUCUGUCACUACUGUAUAA